CCUAAUAUUUACAAGAGAAGGAAGUUGCGGCUUCCACAAUUUCGGUUUUAAGUGCAUAUUUUUAGAUAGUCACAAGAUGAAGCACGUGAUGUUGAAUCCGUCAAAAACGUCAAUGCCUCUUAUUGGCUUUGGCACAUUUAAGAUCCGUGGUGCAGAGCUUGUACAUAGCUGCCUGGAUGCUGCUCUAGGGGCCAGCUACAGAUCAGUUGACACAGCAGCUGUGUACAAGAAUGAAACAGACAUUGGCAACAGCCUGAAGACUUUAUUACCCAAGUAUGGACUCAGGAGGUCGGACAUUUUUAUCACCAGUAAAUUAGGUCCAAAAGACCACGGCACAGGUAAAUGUGCAGAGGCAUGUCUGAAGUCGUUAUCUCACCUGGACUGUGAUUACCUGGAUCUGUACCUGAUCCACUGGCCCGGCACUCAGGGAAUGCGCCCUGAGGAUGAGAGGCACCCCGCCCUCAGACUUGAGAGCUGGAGGGACAUGGAGACGCUUGUAGACCAGGGUAAAGUGAAGGCCAUAGGUGUAUCAAAUUACACCUUAAAGCACCUGCAGGAGCUGGAGACUCAGUGUAGGAUACCACCCUCUGUAUUACAGACAGAGUUCCACCCUCACCUGGUAUGCUCUGAGCUGGUCCAGUACUGUCAGCAGAAGAACAUCCACUUUCAGGCCUAUUCCUCACUUGGAACAUCCACAGACAACCAGCUGAUUGAAGACAAGACAGUUCAGUCUAUCGCAGAGAUGUACAAGAAGUCUCCUGCUCAGAUAUUGUUACGAUGGGCAGUACAGCAAAACAUAGGCAUUAUUCCAAAGUCAACAAACCCAGUCCACAUCAGAGAGAACGCCGCCAUCUUUGAUUUUGAUAUCUCUCCGGUUGACAUGGAGAGACUUAGCAGUCUGAACCGAUCUCUACAUUACUGCUGGAACCCUGAGAAUGUUACCUGAAA